GGCCUUGAAUACUCCUGAAGGAAUAGAGACUAAUUUCGUCUACUGCAAGUGGACAUUGCUUAGCCCUGGGUUACGGUCACUUUUAGAACUUUUUCCUGACAAAUUAGGAAAAAGUAGCUUUGGGAGUGAUUGUGUUCUAAUCUUAAUAAUUAUCUGAGUAAAAAUGAGUAAAAAAAAGCAAAUCUCACAAUCCAAAAUUAUUGAAUUGGAAGCUUGAGUGAAUAAAAAACUGGAUAAAACUGAUUUUGGGAAUAAACUGUUUGACUGGAUCACUUGAAAAAAAAAACUGUCGAAAUCCAGUUUAAACUGGAACAUUGGCAACCCUCCCCACAAGUCCCUUCAACGAUAACUGCCAACAAAAUCAUCGAAGGACUGAAAAUUGUAAUCUCCGAUUAGCGUAUUGCACGUGUGCUCGGCUCCGAUAGCGGUAGUGAAAGUUAGGCACCGUUCAAAUGUCUGUCUCGCAACAUUAAGUGAACCAAUCGAUCAUCAGCAGUCACAGGAUGCAGUUCAAGCUUUUCUUUCUGCUUAUGCUCAACAUUCUGGUGCGAGGAGGAGAUGCCUUCACCUGUAACGCUUGCGAUGGUAGAAGCGAUUGCGAUGCCGGAGGUCAAACAGUCGAGUGCACGGUCGCAAGAGUUUCCAAUUUACAGAAUCUUUACAGCUAUGUCAAUCCAUCGCUAACCGGAGCUUUGCCGCCGAAUCCCGAAUUCGUUUGUUUCGACAUGGAUUUGUAUUAUAGAAGUCCCCUCACGGGAAGUAUGGUAAGAAAAAUCGUACGAGACUGUGCCAUCAGACAAAUGGAAUUUUGCAAACAUGAAAAUUGGAUCAACGCGGAGUCUCUAGAUUGCACAGAGUGCCUCGGGGAGAACUGCAAUGCGAUUCAAGUGACCGGAACACCCGCUGUUAGCUCUACUACAAGUGCGACUUCGCCUUCGCCUGCUCCUUCAACAGCUGCGUCCACCAGUGUACAGCCAGGAUCAAGUUCCGCCGCAUCCACAACCGUAACCGUGCCGGCCUCUCCCACUACGGUUGCUUCCACAAGCGUCCAGCCAGGGUCAAGUACUACCAGCACUACAGCCGCUUCGUCAAGUGUUAGUCCAGGACAAAGCUCUACCGUUGCGAGCUCCACCGGUAGGACAACCACUAGUACAACUUCAUUGUCAAGCGGUGCCCCUGGUAGCUUUUCUAGUACCGUACCUUCGACUUCAACGACCCCGGGAGGUACUGGUUCUAGUUUAUCCUUUAGCAAGUGGACUUUUGUCAGCACUUUAUUGAUCGUCCUGGUGACAAUAGUGUUACGUUCAAAUUAAUGGUGACGAUUGAACGUAUAAAUAAGACGAUAAAAUAAACAAAAUUUUCGAACAGUUACACUAUGCUCCAUUUUUGUUUUUAUACGGGAAAAUAACAAAAAUAAAACUUCGAAGGUGUUUUUACACAUAGUAUUAAAUUAAUAAAAAAUGCAAAAAGCUUUAUACAGUUAGUUCGAACAAUUAUUUCCAUAUUCAAGGUGUGUUUUCAAUUCAUACACCAGCACCACUUGAAGAAGUCAGCAGGCGCCUGGAGUUUAUGUAGGUGGAAUUUAAUUUCGCAUUUUUCAUUGCUGAAUGUAAUUCUGGAGCAAGGAUUUUUUUCACUUUAUUUUUUUUAUAUUAUUACAUCAUAUUUUUUUACACAUCA